AUCACACAUGAGAACUCACACAGAAAAAACCCCUUUUUUUGUAAAGAAUGUGAAAAAAGUUUUAGUGAUGCAUCUAAUCUCAGGUCACACAUGAAAACUCACACGGGAGAGAAGGCUUUCUCUUGUAGAGUAUGUGAUAAAAGUUUUACCCAAAAGUAUAAUCUCAAAUCACACAUGAGAACUCACGCAGAAAAAAAGCAUUUUUCUUGUAAAGAAUGUGAUAAAAGUUUUAGUGGUGUAUCUCAUCUCAAUUCACACAUGAAAACUCACACGAGAGAGAAGUAUUUUCCUUGUAAAGAAUGUGAUAAAAGUUUUACCCGAAUGUAUAAUCUCAAAUCACACAUGAAAACUCACACAGGAGAGAAGCCUUUUACUUGUGAAGAAUGUGGUGUAAGUUUUUGUCAUUCAUCUAGUGUCAAGAAACACAUGAGAACUCACACAGGAGAGAGGCCUUUUUCUUGUGAAGAUUGUGAUAGAAGAUUUAGUAAUAUGUUUAAUCUCAAAUCACAUAUGAGAACUCACACAGGAGAAAAGCCUUUUAUGUGUGAAGAGUGUGGCAAAAGUUUUAGUCGUGCAUCAAGUCUUAAAACACACAUGGGAACUCACAGAGGAGAGAAGCCUAAGUCAAAAUGAGUCAAGCACUUAACAAUUUUGUCUGUUAACAAGCUGUGUGGAGAUCCUGAUUCUGAAGUCUGAUCUAUAGAUAGAUAAUGUAUUUCAAACAGAAAAAUAAAUACAUUUUGUUUAAUUAAAAAGAAAAAGUCCAAAUAAAGAUAUGCAUAUGUUCAAUUCAAAACAGCAUUUUUGUUGCAAUUAUACUGUCAAAAGUGAGUGUGUCAUCAUAAUAUAAAGGGAAUGUAGAGUUUCCAUUUGCAUAAAUAACUUUCUGUCUCAGUUUGAAAGAGGGUGGGUCAAAGAAAUCUAUAUAAUCUCACCACAGUCCAGUUAUCACUUUGUUCUCGUAAGGUUGUUACAGUUUAUAAUUUUUGAGAAGAAUAUGCACAGUAUUAUUGCAUAAACUCACUGUACAUUUUGACAAGCCUUUGGGUGUAUAUACAGAAAUGCAUAAACACUCAUACAUUUUGAGACAUAUACAGAUCACUCUUCACAUCCUCACAUUACAUGUGCGUUCACACACCUAAAAAAAAACACCCCUAAAAUCAUCACAAAUCUUUGAUCUCGUAUAUUGUAAAAUAAAAAGUUCUUUGUAUUUUUUUAUGUGUAAAAACUGGUAUAAGUCCCUUGGACAGCCCGUUCCAUAAUUUUACCCAUACACACAGAGACACAAAAGCUUUUUCUUGUGGUUCUCACCAUCUGAAUUUUGAAUUGACUACAUUCCCUCAAUUUGUAAGGUUCUACUCAUAAAAUAAACGAUUUUUUUGAAAACUUGAAGGGAGUUUAUUAUUGCUGGCUUUGUACAUAGUUGUGCUAUUUUAAAUUUUACAAGGUCAUACAAUUUAAGGAUUUUAUACUGAAAAAAAUAACGCAUUUGUAUGUUCAAGAUAACCAGCUUUAUGAAUCGUUCUAAUGGCACAAGUAUAAAUAAAGACUGCAGUGAGUUUUUAUAAUUAUUGCCUCAAAUUUCUAAUAUAAGGUGAAAUUAGAGCACAAUAUGAUAAAUAUCUGGAAUUGUAUUUCAACAUAUGCUUACAUUUGUUGAUAAUUGAGAUACUUUGGGAUGAUUUAGUUAUGUAUAUAUUGUCUAUGAAUGUUUUUAUAUAUUUUAAUUACCUAAGAAAACACAUUUUUAAGUUUUUGUCAUCUAUAAGCCACAAUUGUCAAAAUCCAAAAAAUAAAGGACUGAUACAUUUCAAUCUAUGUGUAAUAUUACAUACAAGUCUUGCUUUUUGAUUCAUUGACCAAAACAUUUAGUUUUUUUGUGACUUUAGAUCUUUAAGAAAUACCUGGCUGGUAAUAUAAAUAUGUUUUUCAAAUAUAAGUUAAAUCUUAAGCUGAUUGACCAGUUUAGUUACUUUUAUUUUUGUAUUAGGCUUUUUUUAUAUAACUUCUGAUUUUCCAAGACAAUUGUUAAAUAACAAUUAAAAAUUAUUGUUCAA